GCGGCAGCGGCAGCGGCGGGCGGCGGCGGAGCCUUCGGGGGGCGUGCGUGCGUGUGUGAGUGCGCGCCAGCGAGCGUGAGUGUGUGUGUGCGCCCCGGGCGCGGGCAGGGCAGCACUCCGACCGCGGCGAGAGCCGGGCGGUCGCGUCGUCACUCGGGAGGAAGAGGCGGCGGCGGUGGCGGCCGGGGCCGGGGCUGGGGCAGCGGCGGCCGCGCCGGGCAUGGAGCUGGCAAGCCCGCGUUGAGACAGGACGCGCCUGCUAGCCGCCAGCGAGAGGCUCUCUGCCGUCCGGCGCGCGGGCUCCCCGGCCGGGGCCAGGCAAACUUUUCUUUCUCUUUUGCCAUCACUUAGAGGCGCCUGGUGCGGCGGGCGAACCGACUCCUCGGCGCGGCGGGGCCGGGGCAAGCUGGCCACGGCAUGAUGCGCGCUGUGUGGGAGGCGCUGGCGGCGCUGGCGGCGGUGGCUUGCCUGGUAGGCGCGGUGCGCGGCGGGCCCGGGCUUAGCAUGUUCGCCGGCCAGGCGGCGCAGCCCGAUCCUUGCUCGGAUGAGAACGGGCACCCGCGCCGCUGCAUCCCUGACUUUGUCAACGCGGCCUUCGGCAAGGACGUGCGCGUGUCCAGCACCUGCGGCCGGCCCCCGGCGCGCUACUGCGUGGUGAGCGAGCGUGGCGAGGAGCGGCUGCGCUCGUGUCACCUCUGCAACUCUUCGGAUCCCAAGAAAGCGCACCCGCCCGCCUUCCUCACCGACCUCAACAACCCGCACAACCUGACGUGCUGGCAGUCUGAGAACUACCUGCAGUUCCCGCACAACGUGACGCUCACUCUGUCGCUCGGCAAGAAGUUUGAGGUGACCUAUGUGAGCCUGCAAUUCUGCUCGCCGCGGCCGGAGUCCAUGGCCAUCUACAAGUCCAUGGACUACGGGCGCACGUGGGUGCCCUUCCAGUUCUAUUCCACGCAGUGCCGCAAAAUGUACAACCGGCCGCACCGCGCGCCCAUCACCAAGCAGAACGAGCAGGAGGCGGUGUGCACCGACUCGCACACCGACAUGCGCCCGCUCUCGGGCGGGCUGAUCGCUUUCAGCACGCUGGACGGGCGGCCCUCGGCGCACGACUUCGACAACUCGCCGGUGCUGCAGGACUGGGUCACGGCCACCGACAUCCGCGUGGCUUUCAGCCGCCUGCACACGUUUGGCGACGAGAACGAGGAUGACUCGGAGCUGGCGCGCGACUCCUAUUACUAUGCAGUGUCUGACCUGCAGGUUGGCGGUCGCUGCAAGUGCAACGGCCACGCGGCGCGUUGCGUGCGCGACCGAGACGACAGUCUGGUGUGUGACUGCAGGCACAACACAGCCGGCCCUGAAUGUGACCGUUGCAAGCCCUUCCACUACGACCGGCCCUGGCAGCGCGCCACGGCCCGCGAGGCCAACGAGUGCGUGGCCUGCAACUGCAACCUCCAUGCUCGGCGCUGCAGAUUCAACAUGGAGCUCUACAAGCUAUCAGGGCGCAAGAGUGGAGGUGUCUGUCUCAACUGCCGCCACAACACUGCGGGCCGCCACUGCCACUACUGCAAGGAGGGCUUCUACCGAGACAUGGGCAAGCCUAUCACCCACCGGAAGGCUUGCAAAGCCUGUGAUUGCCACCCUGUGGGUGCUGCUGGCAAGACCUGCAAUCAAACCACUGGCCAGUGUCCCUGCAAGGACGGCGUGACGGGCAUCACCUGCAACCGCUGUGCCAAAGGCUACCAGCAGAGUCGCUCCCCCAUCGCCCCUUGCAUCAAGAUUCCUGUGGCGCCACCCACCACUGCAGCCAGCAGCGUGGAGGAACCGGAAGACUGUGACUCCUAUUGCAAGGCCUCCAAAGGAAAGCUGAAGAUGAACAUGAAGAAAUACUGUAGGAAGGACUAUGCUGUCCAGAUCCACAUCCUGAAGGCGGACAAAGCAGGGGACUGGUGGAAGUUCACAGUGAACAUCAUCUCCGUGUACAAGCAGGGCACAAGUCGUAUUCGCCGUGGUGACCAGAGUUUGUGGAUCCGCUCACGAGACAUCGCCUGCAAGUGUCCCAAAAUCAAGCCCCUCAAGAAGUACCUGCUGUUGGGCAAUGCCGAGGACUCGCCUGACCAGAGUGGCAUCGUAGCAGACAAGAGCAGCCUGGUGAUCCAGUGGCGGGACACAUGGGCACGGCGGCUGCGCAAAUUCCAGCAGCGGGAGAAGAAGGGCAAGUGCAAAAAAGCCUAGCGUGGAGGUAGCGCGGGCUCCAGCAGGGCGCUGGCAGAGGCCGGCAGCCUUGGACUUGGCCCGCCAGGGUUUUUCCGGGAGGGUGGGGACGGGGCGAAGCCGAAGUGGGGCGGGGCCCUCAGCGGCGCCGCCCCAGCCCCACCCUCACACCCCUGGCUGUGCUCUUAUGCGCAUGGCAGAAAGUACCCUGUAUUGACAGGCCAGGCCCUGGAGAAAUGAGGACAAGACAUAGCUACCUCACGGCGCUCCUUCCAGAACAGAGAUGCGCUUCCCUAGGGCUAGGUGGGGGUCGCCGUGGAGGGGUUGGGGGUCCCGAGAGACGGGAACAGAAUGGCACAGUGGACCACAGUCACUGUGUUUGAUGGUUAUUGAAGGGGAUGUGAGAACUGUGAAUUUUUGGGCCUGCAGCCUGGGCAGGGGCAACCAAUCUACCAGCAGACACUAGUCAUGCCCCCCUCCUUUCUCCAUCACCUGCUGUCUAGGAAUUCCCACAGGAUUCCAGACUCUGACAACAGGUCCCUAUGUCAAAGGGCCAGAUGACACUGGGAUCAGCCAGCUUCGGUCUCCACUGCCACCUGCUGGGCUGGUCUCCUGGGUGGAGUUCACCAUCUGUAAGGGAGAAGCUCCUCCUGGAGCCUGCCCUAGCCCAGUAGGGCUGGCCCAGGCUCCUGGCCCAUCAGAGGGCCUAGGGCCUAAGGACCCUGAAGUCAAGCCGGGUGGUCAUUGCCUCUGCUAGAGCUGCCUGUGGAAGGAGGCAUUGCAAACCAAAACCUCCCAGAGAGUUUCCUUGCUGGAAACUUGGAAACAGCCCUUUUUAUGACAUUUUCCAGGGGAGGGGAGGGGGGAGGGUACUGGCGGGGGUUUAGGGCAAUGACACUAUUUGUGUAAUGACAUCAGCUCCCACAAGGCCUUACAGCAAUGUCAACAGCUGGAAAGGGCCUGGUCAGGUCUGGAAUGCCAGCAGUUGUAUAGGCAGUUUGAACUAGGCUGGGGGAAGGGGCUUGCCUGAGUCAGGACAGGGUUGCUGCUCAGCGAGGCACCUGGUGUCCAAGCUGUAGGUAGGCAAGGCCAGGAAUGGUCAGGUUCCUGGGGGUCCAAGGAUGCUGUAACUGCUUCCUGUUGCUACCCUCACUGCUGGCUCCCAUGGAAAGGGACACAGGCUCUUUUGGUUAAGAAACCCAGUCUAGCCCCCAGCUGUCUCGGUCUAGCCUGGGCAGUCUGGUCCAUUCCUUUCUGCUGCCUUCUUUGUGGAGGUCCCCCAGGCCCUCUUCUAUGCCUAGCCCUCUUUUCUCUUAGAGAUUUAAUGUCCUCACGCAGGCAGCUCCAACCUUCCCUCUGGUUUCUUCCUGGGCCCCUUUAGCCUUUCUCUGCCUCCCUGUAUUCGGGCCUCUAGCCUCACGCCCCGCACACUGGAUGAGAGGCCUGGCCCUCUCAGUCAGGAAAUUGGUUUCAUUUCCCCUGCCCAUUUGGCUGCCCUGAAGGGCCAUAUGAGGGAUGAAGCUCAGCCCCUUAGUGAUGCGGCUCCCUCUGCUUCUCCAUUUCUGCCCACAUCACCACUGCCACUUACUGAGCACCCUCUUGGUGCCAGGCACUUUACUCAUACGCUCCUGGCCUAUUUCACCACAAACCCGAGAGACAGGGAUUCACCCUUGUCCUCAUGUUCACUGGUAAAAAGAUGUGUCCACGGGCCCAAAGUCACACCAGCACACCAGGGUCAUACUCAGGCCCUGACCUUAACCACAGUUGCAUAUCAGCUGUUAGCCGGCUUGAUACACCCACAGCAGGUGAGGGUGGGGUGGGGUAGUGGUUAUCGCUGAGACCCAGUAACACCUCCAGAGGAGGCAUCGGGAGUGGUGGAGCAUGAGGAAUGGACUGCCUAGAGGAAAGCUGCAGGGUCCAAGAAGGCAGGUGAGGCCAUCUGAGAGGGCCUGGAAAGGGAGCUUGGCUGCUUGGCAAGCGGGAGGAAGACUUUAGAGCUUCAGAGAGAGGCUGGCACAGAGCACACAAACCUACCCUGGCAAGGGUCAUGUGGCUUCCCUGGUCCAAGCUUGAGAUUGAGGACAAGGGCCACUAUCCGGGACAGCCAGUGUGGUUUGUUGGGUGCCAUCUGUAGCAAACAACAUCCUGCCUGCCUGGCAGCCAUCUUAUUUCUGUACCAGCAUGGCUUCUGCUCUGGACAGCUUCCACCUAGGAACCCUGGAUUCCAGUCUCACCUGGUGUCCAGCGAAGCCCCUUAACUAGCCUUCCCCCACCCCCCUGCUAAGCAACAGGGACAUCUGGUUAGAAAUCCACCAAGGCCUCCUGCCCUGCUCUAUGUGGCCUGGCUAAUGGGGGUUACAUUCAAUAGCCAAGAUGAGCCAAGUUGUGGAUAAAGUCAUUGCUGAGGGAGCAGAGCUUGUCGCAGCCGUCACCUCUGUUCUGGACCCGGGUCUAGCCCACCUCUCCCCUGCCUGAGAGCCAGCCUUAGGGAGGCAGCAGUUUCCUCCCCAUCCUGGGCCCCACCCUAGGGAGGACGUGGAAAGGGGAAAGGAGACAUUCUAUAUGUACAGUUAGGAAGGGGUGCAAAAUGGAAGUAGGUUUUUGAGUUUGAGAGUGUAUUAACAGAGUUGUGAUAUGUAGGUCUUUGAAGAAAACCAUACCAGGUUAGUCACUUACCAGUCAAGAUUCCCUAGCUGUCCCUUUGCUUUCCAUUUGAGUAGUCUGGUCCCCUGUCACCAGAAUGCCUCCUUUGCUGACACACAGUGGCACAAAGGUGUGGGGUAAAGGAGAUAGUGUGCUCCUGGGUACACCUGUGAGCUUGGCCUCUCUGGCCAGAGCUUCUGUCCCAGAAAGCAAGGCAGGAGGCAGGACCAUCAGGCUCCUUCAAAUGGGAGGGAAGGUCAAAUGCCUAGGGCAAAGCCUUGGGAGUCUCAAGGGUCCUCUCCGUGGGCCUUAGGGACUUUCCAGAACUCUGCCUCAGUGGUUACAUACAGGCAGUGGGUAUAGGCUGUCUUAGAAUUGACCCUGAGCUGGAACAAGACAGAAAGGAAGAGAUUCUUCGGGACUGACCUGGGAAAUGGUUCCUUUAGGGUCUCAACACUUGAAGGACUCCAUCCAGGGAACCUAGAGAGUGGGCAAGUUAGGCUCACUAAUGGGCCGUGGGUCACAGACAGACAGACAUUCCUGUGGACCAGAGCCACACCAUACCCCAGGGGUAUCAAAAUUGUCUUUGUGGGGCCUUGCCCCUGCCAAAACCUAAGCCAGCCUCACCUCUUGUGUCAGUGGCCAUCCUUCCCCUUUCCCUGAUCUGGGUAAACCCCCGGCCUCCCUCCUAUGUCACCGAUUCUGCUCACACAGAAUUGUAAAUGUUUAGUUGUGACCAUGACAUAUUGUUUGGGCCAGUGUUCCUUUCCAAUGCAUACUAAUAUAUUAUGGUUAUUAUAUAUGAAUAUAUUUAAUGACAUGGAGAAAGUUGUGGAUUUUUUUUUAAGUUUUUUUUUUUUUGUUGUUAGAGUUGUAAUGGACCCAGACAGAACUUGUAACGUGGGCCCUACAUGAUAGAACUAAAUCCAGAUAUCAUUAAAUAAACUCUUGUAUACUG